CGAGGAGGAGACCGGACUCGGGAGGGUGCAGGAAACUCUUUGGGGCUGGGGCCAGGCAGGAGAGGGUGGGGAAGUCUGUGGGCGCAGUCAUCCUCCAGGGUCCGGUCCAGAGGCAGCUUCUCCCGCUGUGGGGACGGGCUCUGGACACCUUCGGCUCUUCUUGCCUGUGUUCCAAGGCGCAAGCCAGAAGCUCGGGCGCUAGCUUGCUGAGCUGGUGACACAGGACACAGCCACAGAACUGGUUCCCCCGGGGACCCCUGCCUGUCUGCUCUCUGGCCGGCAGCAUGGAGGAAAGUAGCGAAUUUGACAAUGACUAUGGGGCAGACAACCUGUCCGGGUGUGAGUACACGGACUGGAAGUCCUCGGGGGACCUCAUCCCUGCCAUCUACCUGCUGGUCUUCCUCCUGGGCACCACGGGCAACGGCCUGGUGCUCUGGACCGUGUUCCGGAGCAGCCGGGAGAAGAGGCGCUCGGCUGACAUCUUCAUCUCCAGCCUGGCCGUGGCCGACCUGACCUUCGUGGUGACCCUGCCGCUGUGGGCCACCUACACCUACCGGGACUACGACUGGCCCUUCGGCACCUUUGCCUGUAAGCUCAGCAGCUAUGUCAUCUUCGUCAACAUGUACGCCAGCGUCUUCUGCCUCACCGGCCUCAGCUUCGACCGUUACCUGGCCAUCGUGAGGCCGGUGGCCAACGCCCGGCUGCGGCUGCGGGUCAGCGGGGCUGCGGCCACGGCGGCGCUCUGGGUGCUGGCCGCGCUCCUGGCCAUGCCGGCCAUGGUAUUGCGCGCCACGGCCGAGGUGCCUUCCGGCCUGGACAAUGUCACGAAGGUGCAGUGCUACAUGGACUACUCCAUGGUGGCCACCCUCAGCUCCGAGUGGGCCUGGGAGCUGGGCCUGGGGGUCACGUCCACGGCGCUGGGCUUCGUGGUGCCCUUCACCAUCAUGCUGACCUGCUACUUCUUCAUCGCGCAGACCAUCGCGGGCCACUUCCGCAAGGAGCGCAUCGAGGGCCUGCGCAAGCGGCGCCGGCUGCUGAGCAUCAUCGUGGUGCUGGUGGUGACCUUCGCGCUCUGCUGGAUGCCCUACCACCUGGUGAAGACGCUCUACACGCUGGGCAACCUGCUGCACUGGCCCUGCGGCUUCGACCUCUUCCUCAUGAACGUCUUCCCCUACUGCACCUGCAUCAGCUACGUCAACAGCUGCCUCAACCCCUUCCUCUACGCCUUCUUCGACCCCCGCUUCCGCCAGGCCUGCACCUCCAUGCUCUGCUGCGGCCACAGCAGGUGUGGGGGAGCCUCCCACAGCAGCAGUGGGGAGAAGUCGGCCAGCUACUCCUCCGGGCACAGCCAGGGGCUUGGCCCCAACACCGGGAAGGGCGGAGAGCAGACCCAGGAGAAAUCCAUCCCCUACAGCCAAGAGACCCUUGUGGUUGACUAGGGCUGGGACCCCAGAGAAGCCUGGUGCCCUCUGCAUGCCCCAGCCCUCGCCCUUGCUCUCUGAAAGUCAGGUAGCUCGAGGGCGCUUUUGCUCUUGCACUGGUCUCCGUCCUGGCUCCCUGCCUCCCGCCUCCCUCUUGCACUCCUUUCUCCUUUAGUUUUUGGUCAGAGGUUGCGGUGUGAUGGAAGGAGAUUGAGCCCUGCAGAUCUGAGCUUGGCCACUCAACACUGUGAGACUGACUUUGCACAAGUCUCUUAACUUCUCCGAGCCUCAGUUUCUCCGUUUGUGUAUGUAUGAUGGGGAAAGUCAUAUGGGCACUGAAAUGAUGGGUGUGUCUGGCUCAGUAAAAGUUGGUGUCUUUGCCCCCCCCCGCCCCCAUCUUUCAUUCUGGGAUCUCAGCUCUUCUUUCUCCUUCCUU